AUGUGUUGGGGUUUUUAUAAAACGUUACCAAUCUAUCAUGGUGUCUUAGCAGUUUAUGAACUAAUAUGUGGUCUCAUUCGCCUUGGAAUGUUUCUUGAUAGUUCCAACUCAAUAAAUACAACUAAGUCAUUAAGGAAAAAUUCACAAGUGGUGGCUGCAUUCAUACUGGAUUGGAUCAGCUCUAUGGUACCAACAACGAUGGGACUGUUUAUUCUGUUUUUAUCACUAUGGUGUGGUUGUAGAAUUCUACGUUCACAUUCUUGUCAAGAUUCUCGACGUCACACAAAUCUCCGUCUUCGAGAUCUAAUCUCGAAUAAACCGAUUCAGCGUUUUCUAAUAUUUAAUUGUAACUGCCCGUGUUAUAUUGCUCGACCCAAAUGGCGUUUUCUCUCGCGAAUGAUAUUCACUCUGGUCACUAUUGGACUUCGUUUUCUAGUCAUUAUUCUGUACGCAACAGCUCAUCACGAUGGUAAUGAGAAAAAUCAUGAUUCAUCGCAAUCAUUGGCUGUCGCCUGUGGUAUAACCGUACCCUCAGCCAUUCUGAUAUUAUUAUUAGAUUAUUAUCAUUAUCGUGUUUGGUGGCACUAUGUGCCAUCAUGCGAUCAAGAACCUGUUUGCGGUGGCCGAAGAUACCUGAAAAAACAUAAACGUUUUAUCCCCUAUCAUUUGAUGGGUGAACAUCGGAAUGCAAUGCGUUUAGGCAAUGAACCGUGUCCAGCACAAUAUUGUAUUGAUCGUAAUCUGGAACAUAUUAUGAUCUUUCAUUACAAUACUUUUCGUCCACAAGCACGAUGGUCUGAAGUACGACAGAUAAAUGACAAUCAUCUCGGUACAUAUGUCGGAUUUCACCGUACAAGUCCAGCAGCCGCAGUCAGUAUUGCUUAUACGGAUUUUCAGCUAAGUCUUAAACGCCCACAAAUGUUAGGUUUUGGUAUCUAUUUUGCUCGGUCCAUUUAUCAUACCAUGGGAAAGGCACGACGUGAAGGUGCUGUGAUUUGUGCCGAAGUUCUCAUGGGUGAAGUAAGAGAAAUUGAAAACGCAGAGUUACCAUUUGUAUCAAAUUCAGAUCUAUGGUGGAUGACUUAUGAUACAAUAUAUUACAGACAUCCGACAGAUCCAAAUCGGGAUGAAUUUUGUAUUAAAAGUAAUACACAAAUCUUGAAAUGGGUCAUUGUUAUUGAGCAACCGUAUGACACGAAAGUCACACAGUACGGGUUGAAUACUGAAUAUGAUGAUACACAAUGUGAAUGUAUAUAG